CGUUCGUUUUAGAACAUUUCAGUAGCCGUCUUUUUCGCGGUCAUUGAAAUCCUGGUGUUACCGAAGGACAUUGCCUUGCCCCGAAGUCGUUUUACAAGAAAAUAAACUUACCAUUGCUUGAACAUUUUAGCGCUAGUCUAUCGUUGCCAUUUUAAAAUAAGUUAUUUUCAACUGCUGCAUAAUUUGCAGUGCGCAUUGACCGGAUGCAAUGAAAUUGAUCGAAUUACAUGCAUGGAAUUUAGUUUUGAUGUACAUUUUAUAGUUAGGUUCGUGUAGCAAGGGUGCAAACAUGAAAAUCACGGACAGCGUGUUGAGGAGUUUCAGGGUUGCGAGAAAAUAUAAAGAAAAUUCAGAUAAAAUCAAUUGUGUAGUCUACAGUCCCAAUGGCGAGAGCGCAAUUUCAAGCAGCAACGACGACAGCAUUGUUUUGUAUGAUAUCACGGAAGGAACGCCCGCUCAGACGGUGUACAGCAAGAAGUAUGGAGCAGACUUGAUCUGUUACACGAAUGGGGAUUCCCAAAACGUCAUCUACAGUUCCAAUAAGAAGGAUGAUACAAUACGUUAUCUGUCACUGACUGACCGCAAGUACAUCAGAUACUUCUCUGGUCACACUGCAAGAGUUACGGCUCUCUCCAUGUCACCUGUAGCGAACACGUUCAUCUCUGGUUCACUUGAUAAAACGAUCCGGAUCUGGGAUCUACGCACUGAAAACGUUCAGGGUCUAACCGAGCCCCUUGACAGACCCAUUUGUUCUUAUGACCCAGAAGGGCUCAUUUUUGCUGUAGGGGUGGAUUCGCAGUCCAUUAAACUGUACGAUGUCCGCGCUUUUGCCAAGGGCCCUUUUAAUUCAUUUGAAAUGAAGCUGAAUCGCACCUGUGACUGGACUGGCCUGAAGUUCAGCAAUGACGGCAAACAGAUUCUCAUCUCAACCAACGGGGGGAUGAUCUGCAUCCUCAACGCCUUCACCGGAGACGUGAUGCACAAGUUUACUGGCUACAACAACAGCAGAGGCUUAAACCUGGAGGCAUGUUUCACCCCCGACUCCCAGUUUGUCAUGAUCGGCUCAGAGGACGGGAGAGUCCAUGUUUGGAGCACAGAGAAUGCGAUGAAAGUCGCCGUGCUGGAUGGGAAGCAUCCGGGACCCAUCAGCGCUGUGCAGUUUAACCCCAGAUACAUGACUUUUGCCACUGCCUGCACUAACAUGUUGGUGCUCGAGUCGUGCGGACAGCCCGCACAAAGCUGGGACAAGGACUACGACCACUUCCUGUUACCUCUGCUUAUGCCACAGCAGCCGUGCUACAUCCUCUACCGGCUUGAUUCCCAGAAUGCACUGGGAUACGAGUGGAUCUUCAUCGCCUGGUCGCCCGAUCAGUCACCAGUCAGACAGAAAAUGGUGUACGCUGCCACUCGUGCCACAUUGAAGAAAGAAUUUGGAGGCGGUCACAUCAAAGAUGAGCUUUUUGGCACAGUUGAGGAUGAUGUGUGCUUCCAGGGGUACUUACGUCACAUGACCUCAAGCUGUUCUCCGGCGCCUCUCACAUCAGCCGAACAGGAACUACAACAAAUUCGAGUCACAGAGGAUAAAGUUGUAUGGGACGAGCGUAGACGAAUUGGGAUUCCUCGUGCACGAGUUCCAGUGGAGUUCGGGAUAGACAAAAGAGUCUCUCAGGGUCUCGCGUUCCCUUUACAAGAAGAGGCUAAGCGAGCACUGCAGCAGCUGAAGCAGAAACGGAUCAACUACAUCCAGCUGAGGUUGGAUGUGGAGAAAGAGACCAUCGAGCUGGUUCACACCAAACCAACAGAAACCCGGGAGCUCCCGUACAGGAUCCCCACGGAUUCCCCCAGAUAUCACUUCUUCAUUUUCAAACAUUCCCACCAGGGCCGCUCUCAAGAGGCACUGGUGUUCAUAUAUUCCAUGCCUGGGUACACCUGCAGCAUAAAGGAGCGGAUGUUGUACUCCAGCUGCAAGAACAGACUCCUGGAGGAGGUGGAGAAAGAUUAUCAGUUGGAAGUGACCAAAAAGAUGGAGAUAGAUAGUGGCGAUGGCCUGACAGAAGACUUCCUGUACGAGGAGGUGCACCCGAUGGAGCACACCUUAAAGCAAGCGUUCACAAAGCCCCGUGGACCUGGCGGCAAGAGGGGCAACAAACGCCUUAUCAAGGGCACAGGAGAGAACGGCGAAGAAAUUUAAAAAAGAUGCACACGCGCGCAUGCACACACACAUGCACGCACACACUACGCAACCGCACAAAUGUGAUAUAUAUCACUUGAGUGACACUAUUUCAAUUGUACUUACUUAAUUUUUGACCCCAAAUAAAAUAUGGAUACAAAGCCGGAGCAAAGCAUCAGAAGAUACUGAACCAUUUAAUUCACUUGUGCAGGGAAAUGAUGAGUCUAAGGGAGUUUUAAUGUUAACUUAUAAGACAGGACUGGACUGGAUUUUAAAGGGGAUAUAUUAUGAAUUAGACUUUUUAAAGGUGUCUCAGUAACAUGUUUGGGUCAAAACACUCCAAAGGUUAACAAUUAUUGGACACUUGUAACCUUAGUUCAUAUCUCACUGAAAUGAACAAUUCAGGUAUUUGCUUAUCUCGUGCAAAGGAGUCAUUGUAUAUCCCGCCCCAUUUACUGUUGAGUCAGACUACAUGUGGAGCAACGUUAUGUAACAGUGUGGCGGAAGUGCAGAGCGGCUGGCUCACAGACACAUUCUUAGAAACAGGCAAAUAAAAGAGUGGUGCCUUGAAAUGAGAA